AUGAGGACCCCGGCUGCCGGCGUCCUCCUCUCAUUCCUGGCGGCGCUGUUCCUGCCUCGGGCACCGGCCAGGGACGCCGACAUUCCCGGCAGCCCUCUGUCCGACACGGAAUAUGAACGCUUCUUCGCCCUGAUGACCCCCACCUGGAAGGCAGAGACGCUCUGCCGGAUCCGAGCCACGCACGGCUGCCAGGACCCCAGCAUCAUCCAGCUGGACCAGUACGAAAAUCACGGCUUGGUGCCCAAUGGCCCAAUCUGCUCUGACCUGCCCUACGCCUCCUGGUUCGAGUCCUUCUGUCAGUUCUGUCAGUAUCGCUGCUCCAAUCAUGUCUACUACGCCAAGAGGGUCCAGUGCACCCAGUCCAUCUCGAUCUUCUCGCCUAAUGCGCUCAAAGAAGUUUCUUUCGAAACCGCAUCGAUGGAAGUCACCUCACCGGCUGCUUCUUCCCACGCCACAGCCCGGGAACAUCAGUCCCUCCGGACCUGGUCCGAACGGAUCAACAGCAACAUGGAAGGGCUGGUGCGGUCCCUGCUGUCCCAGGGCGGCCUGAGGCGGGAGCAGGAGAGCAGUAAGCAGGAGCAAGGGCAGGAGCGGAAGCAGGAGCAAGGGCAGGAGCGCAAGGAGGAGGCCCAGGAGCGCAAGGAGGAGGCCCAGGAGCGGAAGCAGGAGGCCCAGGAGCGGAAGCAGGAGGCCCAGGAGCGGAAGCAGGAGGAGGCCCAGGAGCGGAAGCAGGAGGAGGCCCAGGAGCACAAGGAGGAGAGCCAGGAGCACAAGGAGGAGAGCCAGGAGCACGCGGCCGAGGAGGAGCAGGAGGAGCAAGAGGAGGAGCAGGAGCAGGAGGAAGAGAGCAAGCAGGAGGAGGGCCAGGGGACAGAGGGACUCAUGGGGAUGCUGAGAGGCCCAGAACCCAAGUACUAGCCCCGGAACUGGGUCGCCCAGAGCGUGUCGGAAACACCGAGACGCCGCCCUUGAUUUCAGUUCCUCACUUAGCAAAACCUGAGUCAGGCCAGACCCCCGCUGGUGCCCCCGGGUCAACUCAAACGUGAGUCCGUCCCAGCCAGACCCAGGCAGGGCUUCCCACCUGACCCCGGAGACACUGCCCCCCCUGACGCACCCCCGUGAAAACACUCCCGGAGCAUUCAGUGCGUGGAGGUCUGCGCAUGCGUGCGUGCACGCAUCCAACCCCAGCACACUGGCUGCCACCCCGGCCCCCCGUUUUUCACAGAGUCUAAAAAUCUCCCUGGUCCGGCUGGUCAGGGGUGGGGGCAG